AACGAAUGUUUUUGUUACGUAGAUCGCUAACAGAAGCAACAGAAGAUGUUGUACGAUAAAUAUUCCGCUAUAACGUAGCGUCGAAAUAUUAAGAAUAAUUAUCAUUAUCUCUGGUGGACGGAAGAUUAAAGCGCGGACCAAGUAAAAACCAAAGAUGACCCUAAACCAUUACUCAUCGGUUGAAGUUUGCCGCGACGGAAGGUACAGUAGUCUGGUUGUGCGCCAUUCUGACGAAUUACGGGAUUCUAGCGACGACUUCGACGACGCGACAAUCUCGCCCGCAGGAACGAUUCGACGCCGGGUCCUUUCAGACAGGAGCCCCGUUUUUCCGAAUCCUUUAAAAGCGACUUUCUCCGCGAGCGAAUCGGAGCAACGUCCGCACGCGAUCACCGACGCAAAAAUCCGGCGAAGGUUUGUUUGCGACCGCGAUAAUCGAAAUCCUUAGGAGGCCCCCGGUUCCCUUUUUACGCAUGCCGUUCGACGUCGCGGCGUCGACAUUUAGUGUCGUCGUAGACCACGUUGAACCAUCAUCGGCUUCUUUCAAAACCCCACCAGCCGUACGAAGCUAUCCUUCUUUGCCUCUCUCAUAGACCUUCGCUGGACAAAAAGGAAAGAGAGAAGAUGAGGAGAAAAGGAAAGUAUACGCGUGGUUAGUACGAGAAAACGAGUACGAAGGUAAAAGGAAGACGGGAGGGAAAGAGAUGGAGGUAGAGCAAGAAGGUUAUAUAGGAGGAAGACGGAGAGAACACAGAAAAUAGGAUAGGAAACGUAGAAAAGGAAGAACGCGAGAAACAGAAAGAAAGGGAAAUAGAGGAAGAUGGAAUUACGAGAAGAAGAAGGGAAUAGAAUAAGAGAGACGGCCGGUGUAGUUAGAAGGAGAAGAGAAAGGAAAGGAGACGGAUUCGAUGGAGUAACAGAGAAAAGCUGACGAAAAAGUGGCAAAGGGAGGGAGGUGAAAGAGAGACGGACAGAAAGAGCGUGAAUCGGAGGUUCGGAGCCGCGCCUCCUACCUUCAGGGCCCAUGUAUCCACGGCUCGGCACUGUUGACGACGCAGCGCCCUAUGGAAGGGGAAAGGGAAUUACGGGGAACGUGGUUUAGGCAAGAACGAUCGUCCGUAGUCGUAGUCGGGCCACGAGUCGAGCGAUGUCGUGUGACCGACCUCUCUCGUCGCGACCGCGUUUCUUUCUCUUUCGUCGCUUUUACCUGGAUUAAAUUCGACACCGAGUGUUGUUCGUUUCGCAGCCACACGGCUGCCUACGUGCGUGUAACUGAAAGUCAGUGACAGGGGAACGAGCAUGCGAGCACGAACGUUUCGCCUUUGCGUCGAAAGCACGAUAAACAAAAGAUAGAAAGAAAAAGACGAGAAAGUUGACUGGGCGCCGACUGGGUCGUAAGUCGUAACUUCAAACGCUGCAACCAACCCUCGAAAACACGUGUCGUUCGUUCGGUGCGUUGUCGCGCACGUCGAUCGUUGUGUGAUCAACCGAUGUCGACCGACUGUUAUCAGGAGAGUAUGAAGUUCGCGGAAGUGUGUUUGUUUUCCAAUUUCUAGCAGUGGCUACGGUGAACCGUGCACGGGGGAAAUCGGGCACGACGAGAGAACGACGAAUGAUUGUCAGGUGAAAACACAGCCGUGUUUUUUAACAUCGGAUACGGCGAUAUUCGUCGAUCGUCAUAGUGACAUACGGCUGGCUGUUGCGACGCGAAGGAACAGGAAGAAUUUAAUACGGUGACGAGUUUGGGAAGAAAAAUAAAAACAAAGUGGCGGAACAAGAAGCCUGGAAGGAAAGUGUGCGCAACGUUUGUGGAUGCAUGAGGGUCUCAUGGCUACUGGAUUCGUAAAGUGGUGGCGGGCAAGGUUCCUCGCUGGCUAUAGACCCUUUUCUGUGGUUGGUAAUACGGAAGGCAGCGACUCGGAGGAACUUCUUGGCGGUAUCUCGGCACCUCGUAGCGGUUCGCCACCGGAAUCCCAGCCAAUUCUAUUAGAAACAGAGGCACCACAGGUCGCGGUUGACGCUUCCACCAGUCCUACGCCGGCCACCGGAAAUGACGAGCAGCCGAGUGCUAGUACAACGAAGCAACUCAGUUUCGAGGAAUUCGAAUGCGACGUUUCGGUAGCGGAGGGUGACCGAAGACGGCAAGAAUUCUCAUUCACCCUGUACGAUUUCGACGGCCACGGGAAGAUAACAAAGGACGACAUAGCCGGCCUGGUUACUACCAUUUACGAUACUCUGGGCGCUUCUAUCCAGGUACCACCGUGCGGCAGUAAGACGAUUAAGGUGAAAUUGACUGUGUCGCCAGAUCAGAGAACCAGCCAGACGCGAUCGGCUGGCGGCUGUUUGAACGCGUCCACGCAGCCGGCUGCUGCUACGAGCUUUUCCGGAAAUUCGUCCUGCUGCCAUUUAAAGCACGCGUCCUGCAACAAUGCCGGGACCCAUACUGGCGCGCAUGGUUUACGUAGAGUUCCUAGAAGGAGGAGGGUGCCACGACACCGUUGCCAGAACGAAGAGAAGGAGGUGGAUACCCACAGCGAGGAUGACGGUGAAAACGCACGAACAAAUCGAAUAAAGCAGGAGGAAUUACGCAAAAGGGUGGGGCCCGUGCCUCAUUUACCAUCACCCUAUUCCAAUAGCUCCGAGGGUGAUAUUAGCGAUGACAGUGAUGUUUCUCCCGCAGUUUCCCCCUUGACGCCACUUCUCACGACUAAUCAGCGAAAACGCAGUGGUGCCCUACAAAGGCAACAGCUCUUGGAAAUUAUUCAGGCGAACAUGGAAAAGAAUAAUCUCAGUUUUCAUACAUCAAGGAAACGAUAUCAGAACGAGCAACUGCGCAUUCCAUCCCAAGCCCCGCACGUCGAGACUUCACCUCACUACAAUCAAGAUUGUCGUUCACCAUCGGAAUCUCGGCCCACGGCGACAGCUUACCAUAAGCCUACUCGGGAAAAGCCUCAGGGUUUCACGUCGUUCUCCAAGGUACCUGCGAAGCAUAGGGGGAAUCUGAGGAAGACGCGUGCACACUACGGACUUCAGAGGAAUAACACGACGGUGCAACCGCCACGAGCAUACGUUCAACCUCAAGUUCUACCGAGAAAUGUGAUCAGCCCGAACGUCUAUAUAGAUCAACAAACCACUGCGCCAGCUAACGCGAAUCGUAAUGGCGGCAAUCUGAUAUCGAACAAUCAGCACCCUAUUAAUCAAACUCCGACCAACAAUCAUAACGUUCAGCGUAGCGAGACGCAGUUUGGUCAAACGCCUCAACAGUGUGGUAAGUCGAGCAAGAAACAUCAACUGAAGCAUGCGACCAGGGAACAGGAUCAGGCCAGAGCUAUGGUCCAAGUUGUUCGUUGGUUGGAACGAGAAUUUUCGCAGAACGCCGCUGCGAGCUCCGGUAGGAAGCACGUUCACGAACAUAUUCAUCAUCAUUACCAUCAUUACCACACGGAGGCGCUUGUUUGAUUCGUUCUUCGUUCGAGGAGCUUUUGCGCGAAUGUAACGAGAUUCUUUGGUGAUUGCAUUAGUCCUCGAGCGAUAGGGUGGAGACUGAGUGAUCUGUGCUGUUCUUUAAAAGAUUUUUUUCUGAUUGCCGGCUGCCAGAAAUCAGUCGAUUGAUCUAUUAUUAUUUAGCUGUAGGGUCGACCGUUGGAAAUUUAAAACUAUAGCCUGUUUUCUUCUGUUUUUACACAUCCCUACGAUAAUUAUUGUAUCUAGUGAUUGAAAUGAAUAUUUCACAGUUAGAAUAGAAAUCGAAUUCAGUCGUUCAUCCUAUGAUUUCCGAGGAUCAGUGUAGUAAAAAACACCUACAGCCAAACUUUUGUUCAUCUAUUCCUACACUUUGCGGUUUGUACAUUUUUAUUCGCUCGAAUGUACUGAGUUCCUGCGUAAAUUUUAAUUCCGAAAUAUCGAGAUAUUCUAAUGGAAGUUACGAAGAUCACUGCCAUGUUUCGUUCUUUUUAGAAAGAAGGUAUUAUCGAACCCGAUUUUAACAUAGUCGAUCAAUAACGAACCAAAGCGCACUUUUUAAAAAUGGAUACUCGAAUAGCUUUGGAUCAUUGUAAGUAUCGACUAAGCAAUGUAUCGAGAAGUUUUAUUCUUGAGACAUGUAAUCCUGUUUAUAUUUUAAUUAUUUAUCGUAUGGUAUAAGACGAUCUUUCCUCGUUUACGUUUUCAAUUUCCAGAGCAAGGGAUAUGUGUAUCUUCCUCAAUUUGUAAUAGUAUUACAAGUGAACGAAGAAAAUCUAAGAUGAUGAAAAUCUAGAUGAUACCAAUGAUCUAUUACUAUACCGAAGUGCUUAUUACGAAGGUUGUUAUUUCUGAAAUUUUUACAACGUCUCGCUACUGUAAUGCUCGAUAUUUAUAGUCACACGCAUACACAAUAGUGAUUCGUUUUUGUACAUAAUCGUGUGUAAAAUAUGAACGAAGUUCGACGAUUUUAUACAAUUCUUUAAACCGACUUUUAAUUUAUUAAAAGGAAAUACUUUUAGUUUUCCUUCGAACUCGAAUCACGUACAAAAUCGUACAAAAUCCUCCAUUUUAAUUUACGUGGCUUUUACAUAUUUUAGUACAAAGUGUAAAGAUUUGUUCUACAGAGAAAUUUUAUUAUAAUCCGACGAACAUACAAACUGUUUUGAUUACUAUAACAAUGAUUUUAAAACAAUUUACUCAAUUAAUUUAUAAUGUAUAAUGUCACUUUAGACGGAACAGUAUUAGUGCGUAACAAUAACGUAACCACUAUACAGAAUAAAGUUGCCUAGCGAGAGCAUGAAUUGAAUUUCUAAAAAUUACAUACGUAUGCAAAGUAGAAAAUCACGAGAACUAGAAAUAUUUUAAAGUUCGUGGCGUUGAAUAAAUACGAAAAUAACACUAAAUAAUAAGAGACAAAGUGCUUUUCUGACUAGAGCUUUCUUGCUGAAGGUAUGAGCAAAACCUCAAGGAGAAUGCCCAAGAUCUUAUCUUGAACGUUAAGCGUUUUAAAAUAACUUUUCUCGGACACUUUCCUUGGAACAAUCUGUAAUUCGACGAAAUGUAUUUAUUUAACUGAGCUAUGAAAUAAGAAAAUUGUAGAUAAAUAUUUAGUCAAAGUGUCAGGAAUAUUGGCUGAUUGCAAAACUUUGAGCGAGUAACAAUUUUUGUUACUUAGCGGAUAAAUAUUUAUUGAAAAUAAUGAAUGACUCGUUUCAUAAAUCAAUUGAAAUCAAUCAGCUAAAUUUUCUUAAUAAUUCGAUUUUACUCAGAAAAUUGAUUUAAAGAAAGGAGAGAGAAAGAUAUAUCUGCAAAGGAAGUAAAAUUUAUUGAUCUAAAAACAUAUAUAAGAAGAUAACUUUUAUAGAAUAUAUUAAAGCGUUUGCAGUCAUUCAAUAUCUUCCUUGAUCUGAUAUUCAGCGUUGUAAUUUUUACGAAAACUUUUUUUUCUCGUAACGAUUACAUCGCAAAUCGAUGGUGCUUCUAUAUUCCAACGAAUAAAAUAGUAUGCCCCGUAAUGGCGUUAAUCAUUACUUCAUUGUAUUUAUACAAUAUUUCUCGACAAUACAAGAAAGUAUUAAGGUAAUGUAAUCGUAAGAAAACAAUUAUGAAAUUUACAAUUCUGUACGCUAUAUUUCCAAUUAUUGUUUCAAUUCUGUAAUUCACAAAUGACGAAGACUUGGUAGGAAAAUAUGCGAUGGCACGGAAUUUUUGUUGUAGCAAAAUCUUUAUGUGUAUAUAAUCUUUCUGUUAUAUAGAGUAUCGCUGAUAAUUAUUUGAGAUGCGACACAACGAUAAAAAUUACAUGAAGUAAAUUCAUUGAGAAAGAAAUAAUUUACUACAAAAGUUUUUAUAUCUUUUUAUUAUCGAAUAGUUCGUUAUUGAGGAUUUGAUUAAAACACAUAAAGUUUUUGAAAUAAUUACCACUGAUGUAAUAAAUUUAACCCAAGCGUAUGAGUGAUAAAAAUAUUAUGAUGUCAGAAAUUAAUGUCAAGAAUUAUUAUACGUAUCUUUUGAGGCGUAACAUUGAACGUGCAUAAGAUUUUCACAAAAAAAAAAAAAAAAAAAAAGUAAAGCUGAAAAGAACGGACUUGUUAAGAGUGCCUUGUCAUAUCUCUGUUACUACGCAAGUAUUAAUUAUCGAAUCUCAAUGUACGAAAACACUUCCUUGAAUUUCGAUGGACCCAUUUAUUAUUAACGCAGCUACAAUUAUUUUCACUAGCAGUACGUUAUUAAGCUACGUAUUUCUUUAUAUUAAUUUGGAAAUGCAUGAUGCUUAGAAUCUAACAACUGGAAUUGUUACGGAUAUUUUUCUAUCGGAGUACUCGAGGAAAAAAGGAUUAUAAUUAUAAUAUUUAUUAAUUACAAUAGAUAUUACUAACAAUACGAUUAAACUAUGACAAUUGCUACUUUGUACAUUUAUAAAUCUUGGAUGGUGGUGCUGUCCAGCGACAUGUAAUUUUAUAUCGAUCUUUGUAAUCAUUGUAGAUAUUUUGUGUAAUGUAUUUUUUAUUGAUAUUUAUUAAAAACACAUUUUGAUACUACAUCAUCGGAAUUCAUUAUGGAAUUCAUUCACUCCAGGGUGUUUCAUAAAGAAAACCAAUAAAAUUUCGACAUUAUUUUCACUUCUCUAUGUGCGCUUCUUUUCUACCUCCAUAUUUUAUUCUCAUAUUUGUAAAGAGGUUUUUGAAAGUCGGUUGAAAUCAUGGAACGAUAGAAUGAUAAAAAUAUAAUUGCAUCGCGAAUAAACUUUGUAAAUGCUGCCAAUUUUCCUUUAGUGUCUGCGACUAAAACCAGAGGGAUGUUUAAUAUUCCUUUUAAAUUGUUAUAACAGAGAAGAAAUGAGAGUGUUCAUGCUCGUAGUACCAGUUGUUUCACAGUACAGGUGCUGCACCAUACGGCCAAGUGCUGAAGAUGGCAAAUGCUAGCAUAUACAAGAACCUAUAAAAUUAGGGAUCUGCCAUGUUUGGUUGCACGUUAGCAUGUACAAGAACCUAUGUAUUUAAUAAAGUCAGGGAUCUGCCCUGUUUGGUUGCACACUAGUGUAGUAUCGUGGACAAAUGGUCUACGAAAUAUAGGGUGAACUAUAUUGUACCAUAUUGUAUUGAAUCAUAUUGUUGUAAACUAUUAGUUGUGAGUUGUGUUGAAUGAACUAUUUAGCUAUCUUAGUUAUAGUACAUUAUUCUAUUUAGUUCACGUUAAAUAACCAUCAUUUCCUGUUUAAUCCAUCGUAAAUAGAUCUAUCGAUCAAUAAACUUAUCAUAUAGGAUAGAUAUGAUACGAUAGAUAAUAGACUGCCGAAGGUGUUUAAGAUAGAUGUAGAAAUUCAGCAAGACGGAAUAAUAGAUCAGUCUCAAUUUGACUUUGCAAACCCGAUCGUAGUCGAAAAAAGAAAGGGGAUCGAUCUUCUCAUGUUCCUAUCGGGGAAAGUAGUAAAGAAUGUACGGCAGUUGCACUUCCCACGAGUCCUUCUUGUUUUGAGGACACCAUCGUCAUCAAAAAAAAAUUUAUUAGACGGAUCGGUUACAGCGGACAUAACCACGGUAGCGUCGUAUGGAGACAACACGACCGGUUGCGAUGAGGAUUUCGUAGGAUUUACAGAAUAUCGUGCAAACUGUACAGUCGAAAAAAUAAAACCUAGCACGAGUACGUCAAAAAGGUGCGACAGUGGAACGUAGAAAGUUUCCUUAGUAUCUUCGAGCGUGAUUUCGCAGCCAAAUCGAAGCAGUUUCGGAUCGGUAACGAGAUAAUUCAAAUUUGUAAACGUAGACUGCGUGGUAUGUCUAUCGUCGAAGCCAGGAACGCAUUAAAACAUGUUCGGAGCCCGUAGAAUUGCGGAUAGUCAGAGAACCGACUUUCGUUUUAGAUGAAGAGCUAGGUAAUACGUGGUGCGAUAUUCUUGUACGCACUCGAAGCGACUCAAAAGUGUCGACGCUGAAACAAGGGAAAGCGGCUGAUGUUCGCGAUUCCAUAAAUUUCGUGCAAAGAAAACCACUUUUAAAUGUAAGAUAGUUGGUACCCUGAUGAAGGAUAGAGAGAACACAAGUUCUAAGGAGCGAAUGAAAAGCGAGAAUGAGGCAGCUACGAGAAAAUUUCAGGUGGUGCGAAUGCAAGUGAUCAAUCCGACCUUUUGUUCGCGAAGGGCGUUUAACAAGAGACGCAAGAAGACGACAACAUACAAGACGGGGGAUCUGGUGGCGAUCAAGAGGACGCAAGCCGGUCCUGAGUUAAAGCUCCACUCGAAGUUCCUUGGGAUAUACCGUGUGGCGAAAGUUUUACGAAAUGAUCUUUAUAUGGUACAGCGAGAAGGCGAACACGAGAGGCCCCAAACGACCUUCACGGCGGCUGAUCAUUUGAAAUGGUGGGACAUUGUUGAAGUUAGUAGUGAAAUUAGCGACGAUAAACACAUCUGGGGUCCGAUGUAUUUGUCAGAUUGGCCGAGUGUAAUAUCGUGGACAAAUAGCCUAAGAAAUAUCGGGUGAACGAUAAACAAUAAACAAUAAAACUUUGAAGUGCCGUUAAGUCAAAAGGGUCCGGGAGUUUUUACCGGAUCGUUACCUCGAAAUCGUUACCGGGUGUUCGUUACCUGAUGAGUCGAGUGGAGGAGUUGUGAGUUCAGAGUCGAGUGAUGAAAAGUCGAGUUGAGAUAGUCGUGAGUGAAGAGUCGAGUUGUGAGGAGUUGUAAACUAUUAGUUGUGAGUUGUGAAUUAACUAUUCAGUUGUCUUAGUUAUAGCACAUUACUAUAUUUAGUUCACGUUAAAGAACCAUCAUUCCCAGUUUAAUUCAUCCUAAAUAGAUCUAUCUGUUCGGGAUUUUGAGUGAUCGUCCGUAUAUGACUUAGACAAUAAUUAUCCCUUUUUUGAAAUUUGAAAUUGCGAAUUAUAUCUAUCCUCCCCGAGCUGCAAAUCUGAGGGUUCAAAGGUCGGGAAAAAUCUCCGGUCAAGUAGGGACGAUGGACGGAUGAGACCCAACGACUGGUGGUGAUGAUAGGCGGACGAGACCCAACGGCUGGUGGGGAGCACCAGCGACAUACUAGGGCAAUCAUCAACAGACCGUCGUACUGUGCGUGUGUGAUAUUUCAGUCUCAACGAGAUCUUACAACCGUCGUGUUCAGACUUAUUUGUAUACAAGUGCAAAUAAAAUGACAAAUUACGCUAACGCUCGAUCUAUUAAACCUCCUCCACGUUGAGCGUUAAGUCAUUUAAGUGUUUCAUGGUUCAGCAUUUGGCCGUAUGGUGCAGCAUUAAUCCUGAAACAACCAGAACCAUAACCGUUAGCACUCUCAUUCCCUAUCUGUCAUAGCUUGUAAACAAGAAAUAAAAGCAGAUGCAAAAAAUGGACGCACGGAGACGGGAUAGAGAGCAAAUUGGGUUAUGUGGUGUUGAUAGAAUUUGGGGAAAAUCACCAACACGAAUCGAAGAUUCUGACGAAGAUGAAGAGACUAACAAGUACAAAGACAGUAUUAUACCAAAAGAUAGAAAAAGGAAACAUGAGAUAAAGAAGAAG